ACCGUACCCAACUUGAAAAAACCCCCCAAUACCAGCUGACAACAACCACUAUUCAACUACGGGAUCAUCAUGUCUUCGCAAAAGUACACGAUUCCCGCCAAAGGCAUCGUAGCGUAUGAUCAACACAGCUGGAAACUCGAAAAUCUUCUCACUCGCGAGCCACUGGAAGAUGAAUUCCUCGUCGAAAUGAUUGCCACCGGCGUCUGCCACACCGAUAUUUCCGGCUAUGGCGGAAUCUAUCCUCGGGUCUUGGGACAUGAAGGUGCGGGAAGAAUUCUCAAACUCGGCUCAAGGGCGCAAGAAGCGAAGUGGAAAGUGGGCGAUUUGGUCAUUCUAUCGGCCGCCGCUUGUCUCGAAUGCUUGUACUGCACGACGGGUCAUCCGGCGUAUUGUGUACAACAUGCUGCUUUGACCUUGGCCGCCAAUGAGCCCAAUUUCAUAUUGGCAGAGGGUGCUGCUGCUGCUGCUGACAAGGGAAAAGUGAUUGGUGGAGGGUACUUUGGACAGAGCUCUUUUGCGAGUCCUACGCCGGUCAAGGUGUCCGCUGCUGCCAACGUGACGAAGUUGAUCAAAGACGCGGAAGAGCUGAAGCUGUAUGCUCCGCUAGGCUGUGGUAUUAUGACGGGCGCGGGAGCAAUCACACACGUGGGUAAAUGUGGGCCAGACGAUGUUGUUGCGGUCAUUGGACUGGGUGGUGUGGGUCUCGCUGGCAUAUGUGCUGCAGUGAAUAACAAAGUCGGGACCAUCAUUGCUGUAGACAUCAACCCUGGUCGAGUGGAGUUGGCGGCGGAAUUGGGUGCUACCAAGGGCCUGCUGAGUACGAAAGAAGCACUCGGUGAUAAGACUCUGUCCCAGGCAAUCAAGGACAUGUCCCCUCAGGGGCUAGGAGCGACUGCAGUCCUGGAUACGACGCCAAGUGUGGCUAUAUUGAGCGAGUGUCUGGGCGCCAUCCGGAAGAAUGGAAUGGUGCUGCAGGUUGGUGUCAAGCCUGUCGAUGCGAAGCUGGAAGUCGAUUGCCUGCAACAUAUGGUCAACGGAAGGAGGUUGGUGGGCGUUAUCGAGGGCGACCGUGAUCCAGCAGAAGCUUUGCCGGAGCUGGUGCAAUGGAGCAAGGAUGGCAUAUUGCCAGUGGGCAAGAUGUUCAAAGAGUUCCCACUGCAGGAAUUUGAAGAAGCAAAGAAGAAGAUGGAGGAGGGAAGUGUCAUCAAAUCAGUGCUUAUAUGGUAAGUGUUAUAUCGCACUCGUACAUAUCCAACACGUGC